CUUCCCACGACAACCACCGACAACCGCAGCAACAAUGGGUAUGUUGCCCACAUCCUCGCCUUCGUGUGCAAGUGGAGAUCUUGCUGACGAUGAGGUGCUCACUAUAGGUAUCGAUCUCAACGCCCACCACGUUCGGAGCACCCACCGAAAGGCUCCCAAGAGCGACAAUGUCUACGUCAAGUUGCUCGUGAAGCUGUACCGCUUCUUGGCCCGCCGAACCGACUCUGCGUUCAACAAGGUCGUUCUCCGCCGCCUCUUCAUGUCCCGUAUCAACAGACCGCCUGUCUCCAUCUCCCGAAUUGUUGCCAACACAUCCGAGAAGUCAAACAACAAGACUGUCGUGGUUAUUGGCACUGUCACUGAUGACAACCGCCUCCUGAAGGUUCCCAAGCUCAGUGUUGCCGCUCUCCGAUUCACGGCUACUGCUCGUGCCCGCAUUGAAGCUGCUGGAGGAGAGGUCUUGACUCUGGACCAGUUGGCUCUCCGAGCUCCUACUGGAAGCAACACCCUGCUUCUCAGAGGCCCCAAGAACGCCAGAGAGGCUGUCAAGCACUUCGGCUUCGGACCACACAAGCACAAGAAACCCUACGUUGAGUCCAAGGGACGGAAGUUCGAGAAGGCACGUGGACGUAGACGCUCCAGAGGUUUCAAGGUCUAA